AUGUCGCGUCCCGCGGGUUACAAGGGUUCGGGUCAGCUUCACGAAAGAAAGCAUUCACCGGUAGCUUCGUCGUCCCCGUCCCCGUUCGUCCCAAAUAGCAGCGGUAGCAACACUCGCAACUUGCCUGCUUCCAACCUUAGUAACCCGCGCAGCGUCUUACAGACUCACCACGCCUAUUACUCGUCGCCGACCGAUCACGGCGACUCUGACGACGCUCGCGAAACGUCGGGUGCAAGAGCGUUCGGUUUCGCCUCGGGCGCCGUUCUGUCGUCGCGCGUGCGCGCGACAGUCGCAGCGGUCGCAGGGCAUCUGCAGCGCGUGCGAGCUACCGUCGCCGUGCGAUUAUCGCGGCUUUCGCGCGACCAGGUAGACGCGAUAACAGUCCUAACAGCGGGCCUUGUAGCACUGGCGCUAUGGGCGGCGCUGUGGUUGCAAGACGAAGUGCAGUUGCUAGCAGCACCGCAGGGCACGUGCCCCUCCCUCCCAGACUUUCCGCCAGAGGAGGCUGAUGUGCUGGGGAGGGUGCCGCAGUAUGGGAAGUUUGACCUAAGCGCGCCGAUGGUGGGGAAAUAUCUAAAGCUUAUACACAAGUACCUGGAGCCGUGGCAGCCUAUACCGGGCAUAGAGUCAGGUUUGGGCCAUACCGGCUUCGUCACUCCCGAGGCUCUCUACCGCUUGGCUCGGCAGCCGUCGAUCAUGUCCUGUUGCGGCCAUGUCAAGGUGAUCAACGGAAAGGUCUUUUUCCGGUACGAAGGCUUCUGGCACGUCUACUAUCGCCUCAACCGCUUCUUGCAGACAGUGAAGAUGAUUCAGGACGCUAUAGACGUGUACGGUUUGACAGACCUUCGACUAGAGAUGAUUGUCAACACGUGCGACCACCCGCAGUCGUUCUACAGCAGCCACUGGUCCGACCGCGCUGGUUACCCUGUGAUGAGCAUGGGCUUUACGGUUGACACCAUGGACAUACCCAUCCCUGACCCGCUCGAUUUGACCGAGGAUUACACGCCCGAUCUCAGCACGCAGGUUCCCUGGGAGAGGAAAGAAGCACGAGCGGUCUUCAGAGGCAAGACGACCAACUUUGACAUGCUGGACGGCAACUGGGGCGCCAACCCGCGUGUGCGGCUUCACCGGCUGUCAGACGUGCACUCGGCACUGAUGGAGGCUCACAUCAACGCGUGGAGCCAUGCCAAGCCCGCGGUUAUUAAAGCCAUGGCUGAGGACGGGUUGUUGCUGGCCAAACGCAUGAACUUCACCCAGUUCAAUGCAUUCAAGUACCAGGUGAUCGUAGACGGUGGUGGAGGCAGUUGCAGGACAUGCGGAGUGCUGCGAUCGAAUCAACUGAGCAUUCGCCAGGAGACCCCCCUCUUCCAGUUCUAUGAGCCUCUGUUGGAGGAUGGGGUGCACUGGCUGGUUACCACUCGCACGUUCUCCGACCUCCCUGCUAAGAUUCGCUGGGCCCAGGAGAACGACGAUGCAGCGCAGAGGUUGGUGCAUGCAGCGAACCACAUGGCGCAGUAUGCGUGCACGUGGAGUGGCAGACGGCUCUACUGGGCGCUUCUGUUGGUGAAGUACCAUGAUGUGCUGCAGGACCCCUCGGCCAUCACCGAACCCACAGCCAACGAGAUUUGCACCAAGCAACCCCUCCUACAGCCUCCACCCAACGCCACCAACCCUGCUCUGGUGCACUGUGCCGACCCAGAAGCACCCAAGCACCAACCCGAUUGCGCCUUCUUCUGCGCGAAAGCCACCAUUCCCGACUCGGGUCUCAUCUGGCUGCGAGCAGACGUGCUGAGAGGACUAAAGAAAAUCGGCCCUCCGUGA